AGUUUCUCGCUAACCUCAGCGAGCCCAAACACCAAAAAGAAUACGAAACAUUGCAGAAACUCGUAAAUAAUCGUAGCGAGUACAUUCAUACAGUAAUAAAUGAAGCAAACGAGCGGAAAAAGGAACUUUUGCUUGAAAUUAACUCUGUCCACCAUUCCCGAAUUUCUCGCAGCUCCGCAACACCCUCCACUGCCGCUCGAGCUCUUGCAAGAGCCGAGGCUACAGCGGCACUAAAGAAGGUAGAAAUGCAAAAAUGGCGAUCAUUGCGAGAGUCCCAGUCUGCCAUGGAAAUACAACAACAAGAACUUGCCCUAGCCCAAAAGAAAAUGGAAGAGAAAUCCCGAAUGGAAAGUUUACUAUUAGAAGAAGAAGCAGCAGUCGCCGUUGCUAAAGCUCAGGCAAUAGAUAAAGAACUGAGCCUCGUAGAUCAUCAAGAUCCUGAACACUUUGACCUACCCCAAGACGAUCCUGCGGAAAGGGUCCAAAACUAUAUAAAUUCGCAACGCUUCGAAGAAUCUAACAUUGGCCAAGACUCUAGUCCCCCGGUUCCAAAUCAUGUCAUCGGUCCACAACUCCCACAGAAUACCAACCAUCCUAAUCGAGAAAAACCACCCAACCGAAGACUAGACCCGGCGGCCAACUCGUUUAUCCCUCAACCACAGAACUCUCGGACAGACCCUAGUACAAAUGCUAUAAGCUCUUACAUCCAAUUCAUGGCACGCAGAGAGCUUAUCGCUAAUAAGAUUCAGAGAUUUGACGAUAAUCCCAGAAAUUUUUACGGUUGGAAAGAAUCCUUCAAGAAUAUGAUACGAGACAUUCACCUCUCCCCUAGCGAAGAGCUAUCACUCAUCAUAGAGUAUACCAGCAACGAAUCAAAGAAACUUGCUCAACGGCUUCGAAACGCAUAUAUCAACAAACCCACAGAAGGCGUGGAGAUACUAUGGCAAAAACGUAGCCAGCGGUUUGGUUCUAACGCGGUUAUAACUGAAGUACAUUUAAACAAACUGAAAGAUCUGCCGAAAAUCGGAUUUAGAGAUAACAAGAAACUCCAAGAACUCGGAGAUUUGCUCUUAGAAUUACAGUGUGCUAAGAACGACGGCGGAUACAGAGGCCUCAGAAUCCUCGACGAGCCCGCUUACAUUAAACCUGUCAUUGCGAAGCUCCCUGGCGAUAUCCAAAGCAGAUGGCAAAAGCACGCCUUUCGAUAUAAGAAACAACACGCCGAGGUGGACUACCCCCCAUUUUCCGAGUUCGUCACCUUCAUCCAGGAGUUGUCCCUCGAAAGAAACGAUCCUAACCUGAUCAUAGAGAUUCCCGAGAAGAAGAACACAGGUAUGCGGAACCCGAGCUGGCGACAAGAAAUUAGUGUAAACAAGACUGAGAUCGAGGCCCAAGAUCGCAGAGUCGGACACGAUCUCCCACCUCGUAACCCUACGAACUG